AUGAGCGAUGGACGAGCCGUGUCAACACAGGCCGUCCAUCUGGACAGCAAAUCCGAACUACGGCAGAAGAAGAAGAAGAAGAAGAAGAAGACGUCGCGUACAGACUCUAAUCGAUAUUGUCGCAAUCAAUUAUCAGAGGGGCGGCCAGAGGGACAGAAGACAACAGGUUUCCGCCCACUUUCUUGUCCGUCGAUCAAGUCAAUUAUUGCAGCAGGUGAUCGUCGUUGUUUUCAGAAAACCAUGGCACGAAACCGAGAGGAGCUGUAA